AUGAGUGCAUCCGCCGCCCACGCGCAGAACCACCCGACAGCCGCCGCCUCGACCGCCCCGCCCGCGAACCGCUCCUCGUCUGGACCGUCCGCCACCGUGGCCGCUGGUCAGGCCCCGCCCACUGCCCGCAGCUCGUACGCCAACGCGACCAAGAAGAUCUCUUCUCCGACGAUCGCGUCCAGCGGCGCGCCCGCGGCAGUGGGAGCCCCGCCGAGCGCACAGCAUGGCAAGAGCAGCUCCGUGUCCCCGGUGAACGGCAGCAGCAUCACGCCCGCCGUCCCCGCCAUGCCCGCCAUUGUCGGCGGCCCCAACGGCGACCACAGCCGCAAGUCGUCGGUGCACAUCAAGCAGACCCCGCCCACCUCGGCCGCGCCCUCGAACAUCAAGUUCGGCUCGCUGGCCUCGCCCGCCCCCGCCCCCGCCAUGCCCGUGGCCCAGGGCAGCAGCCUGAACCCGCAGGCCCAGAACCCGCGUGUCGCCUCGCCCGCCCACUCGCCCUCGCCCAUCCCCACGCCCGUGUCUGGCGGCCCCAAGCCUGACGGCCUGCCCACGCGCCCCAACCUGGUCUUCGGCGGCCAGGGCAGUGAAGGCGCCGACGUGAGUUCUCGCCCCGCUAUGCCCGCCCAGCCCAACGGCCCCCCGCACAUGCGCCGUGAGUCGUCCCAGUCCAGCAACCAGGGCUUCCAGCCAAACGGCGGUCGUGGCCGUGGUUUCCAGCCGCAGCCCUACAACCAGCCGUCGCCGCAGCCCUACCGUGCCAUGCCCAACCAGCCCAUGGGCGGACGCGGCAUGCCGCCGGCCUUCACCCCCCAGGGUCUGCAGAACUCGCCCUACCGCAACUCGCGCCCCAGCCCUUCCAUGGCACCUGCGCAGAUGCAGCAGCAGCAGCACUUUGCUAACCCGCAGGGCCAACCCUUCUACCCCGGACAGCAGUACCCGCAGCAACAAAACAUGUACGGUAUGCCUCCCCAGGGCCUCGACCCGUACAACAACUACUACGGUCAGCCAGCGUACGGACUCUCGCAGUCCAUUCACUACCCUGGUGUUCCUAACAGCCCUGGCCGUGGUCAUGGUUUCCCUCAACAGAUGCAGAACCCGUACUCGAUGCCUGUUCCCUACGGCCAGCCUCCUCAGGCGCAGGGUAUGUCGCGCACACCGUCGCAGAUGUCUGAGCGCCCGCCGUCUGCUGUUCCUCAACCGUCGACCCCCGCGAUGACUAACGUCAACCACCACGCACACACUCCCAGCGUUACAUCCGCCAGCCCGGCACCAAGCUCGAGCGCUUUCGAGCGCCCGAAGAAGAAGAGCGCUGCUAUCAUCAUCAAGAACGCAGAUGGCGAGGUCGUCGACUUCAACAAGCCCAAGGGUUCCAGCUCGCCUGCACCUAACGCUGCCCCCGCUGCCCCAGUCCAGUCCAAGUCUCCUGCUAUUGCUGCCACUCCCACACCACCUCCUCGCGCUCCCAGCGCUUCAGAUGCUACUCGCACUGAGGAGGCACCUGUCAAGUCCGCGAGCGAGAAGAAGGCCGACUUCGUCAAGCAGUUCCAGGAGAAGCUCCGUCUUCAAGAGGAGGCUGACAAGAAAGCCAAGGAGGACGCCGACAACGCUGCUGCCGCCAAAGCAGCCCAGGAAGCCAAGGAGGCUGAAGAGAAAGCCGCACAGGAGGCCAAGGACAAGGCUGCAAAGGAGGCCAAGGACAAGGAAGAGGCCGCCGCAGCCGCGAAGUCUUCCGAGGCAGAUGCUGCUGAGAAGAAGCGUAAGGAAGAAGAGGAAUUCGAGCGCAUGAUUGCCGAGAUGGAGGCCGAAGAGGCCAAGCGAGAGGCCGAUGAGAAGAAGUAUGCCGAGGAGCAGAAGAUCAAGAAGGCCGAGGAGGCAGCCAAGGCUGGCGACAAGAUUAAGCAGCAGGAAGAGGCUAUGCGCAAAGCUGAGCGCGAAGCCGAGGCUGCCGAGAUCGCUCGCCAGAACGAGACACCUGAGCAAAAGGCCGAGCGCGAGGCCAAGGACAAGGAAAUGUUCGCUUCGUUGAAGAAGAACACCAUGUUCGGUCCUGGAGCUACUGGUGAGGAACCUAGCGAGGAUGCUGCACCUCCCGCAGCUGCUCCUGCCCCUGUAGCUAAGCCAGCGUCUGCUACGAAGCCAAAGCCGGCUGCUCUCAAGCUGGAGACCAACAAGCCUAUCGAGCCUGCGCAGCCUACCGCUGGUAUGGACAGGGGUCGCCAGUACGACAAGGACUUUUUGCUCCAGUUCCAGGAAGUCUUCAAGGAGAAGCCGUCAGUUGACUGGGACUCCAAGCUCAAAGAGACCGUUGGUGAUGGAUCCGACUCUGCUCGCACUCCCUCCGUCCGUGGCACUACUGGCCGUGCUCCUUCAGGCCGCUCUGGUUUGGGUGGCGCCGGUGGCAUGGGUAACUUUGGCCAGGGAGGUGCAUUCAACGCACGUACUCUGCCGCCUGGCACCACCUCAGAACAGCGCUUCCAGCAAGCCUCUGGUCGUGGCCCCGGCCCGAUGACCAACCCUCUUGCACCCUUCGUUCAGGGCGGCAGCCAGCGUGGCAGCUUCCCUAUGGCACCUGGAAUGUCUCGUUCAUCGUCAUUCCAGCCCGGUCCCAACUCUCCCCGGGUUGGUUCGCAGGGUGGCCGUGGUGACCGCAGCCGUCGCGGCGGUGGUGGUAACAAGGGCGGCCGCGAGUCAGACGCUAAGACCAUGCCUCUUACUGCUGGUAAGGAGCUUAAGGGCCUUGAACAGUCGUCGACCGGAUGGAAGCCUCACGGUUCCGAGAAACAGGUCGCCACAGGUCACAUGGCUCCUGAUAUGGUGCAGCGCAAGGUCAAGGCUGCUCUCAACAAGUUGACACCUGACAAGUUCGACAAGAUCUCAGACCAGAUUCUCGAGAUUGCUGCCCAGUCUAAGGACGAGACUGACGGUCGCACGCUCCGCCAGGUCAUUCAGCUUACGUUUGAGAAGGCUUGUGAUGAAGCUCACUGGUCUUCCAUGUACGCCAAGUUCUGCUUCAAGAUGCUGAACACCAUGAGCCACGACAUCAAGGACGAGAAUGUCCGCGACAAGGCUGGCAACCCCGUCGUUGGUGGAGCGCUGUUCCGCAAGUACCUGCUCAACCGCUGUCAGGAAGAGUUCGAGCGUGGUUGGGAGGUCAACCUUCCCGACGCGCCCGAGGAGGGCAAGGAGGCCACCAUGCUUUCGGAAGAGUACUACAUUGCCGCUGCCGCCAAGCGUAAGGGUCUCGGUCUGAUUCAGUUCAUCGGUGAGCUUUACAAGCUGGGCAUGUUGACGCUCCGUAUCAUGCACGAGUGUGUUCUCAAGCUCUUGGACUUUGAAGGCCUGCCAGAUGAGUCUGCCAUUGAGAGUUUGGUUAAGCUUCUGCGCACUGUUGGUGCCACCAUGGAGUCCGCCGAGGCCGGUCCUAAGAUGAUCAAUAUGUACUUCGAGCGGGUUGAGAAGGUCAUGAACAUGGAGGGUCUCAACUCCCGUCUGAGGUUCAUGUUGUUGGACACCAUCGACAUGCGCAAGUCCGGCUGGCAAUCCAAGGAUAUCCUCAAGGGCCCCAAGACCAUCGCCGAGAUUCACCAGGACGCCGUUGCCGCUCAACAGGCUGCCGAGAUGGAGCGAUCCCGCUCGCAGCGUGGCGGAGGUGGUGGCCGUCUCCCUAUGGGGCGUGGCGAUGCACGCUCGUUCUCUGGUGGUGGCAUGAUGCCUCCUCCGGACAACGGUGGUCGUGUACAGAUGGACGAUCUCCGCAAGCUGUCCAAGGGUGCGUCUAACCGUGGGCUCAACAACGCCGGUUCGCUCGGCCCCUCGAUGCUGGGUAGCCGCAGUGGCAGCCGUCGUGGUCUCGGUCCCGGUAUGAUGGGCCGUGGUGGUGAUGAGUCUGGUAACUCGUCCCGCACUGGCACUCCCCCAGUUCAGAAGGAGAAGUCCACCGCACAUGCGAAUGCUUUCGAGUAAGUCACAGCUACGAUGUCCAAUGAGAUAUAUGCUAACAAUCCCAGUGCGCUAGCAGCCCUUGAAGCUGAAGACAACGCCGGCGAAGUUGGCUCUCCUCCACCGGCUGCCGCCGAGACGGAAUCCAAGCCGUCCGAGUGAUUACCUUCUACUUCGUUCCAGCGCGUGGCGGUCAUACCCAUAGACAGCACCACACGCGGUAAUCUAAUCGCUUGUUUCGUUGCAUAGACAGGGGCAUUUUCUGCGCGCAUUGUACUGCAUUUCGCAUUAAGACUAGCGGGGUCAAAAGUUCUUUGUUGUCGAUACAUGGGUUUGAGAGGAUGGUGGUGUUUUUCAUCUCUCGCCCUGUAUCAUGAGGGGGUACAAUACCAUGACGGCGUUCCGGAUUUGCAAGGCAGCCAACCACGCCGACCGCUUCUCUGCGUCUUGGGUGGUAUCUUUUGGCUCCUG